AUGGACUUUUUAUCGCAGACUUAUAUCGCCCUUCGUGGUCCAACAGGCGCUCCUCAGUCUGCGCAGGACACGAUCGCAAAGCUUAGUGACCGGUUGUCUCCUUCUACUCUCCUUGCGGACAGACGCGCUGCUGUCCUUGCUUUGAAGGGUUUGGCUCGCGAUUGCAAGGAAGAUGUCGGUGAAAGGGCCCUUCCUGGUCUCCUCGAAAUGCGGAAAAUAGCGAAGGCCGUGCUCGAGACUAUUACCCAGCUCUGUGAACCCGAUGACGAUUCCAAGGACCUUGCGCUGAAACACACGGACUAUGUUAUCGGAAACGAUCAGGCAGUUCAUGUUUUGUUCUCCCUCCUGGGUGACACGCACUUCUAUACCCGUUAUGCGACACUACAGUUGCUCUCGGUGCUACUACAGAACCGCCGUUCUCAAGUUCAAGGAUAUUUUCUCAAGGCCCCUGCUGGUGCCACCAGUAUCAUUGCCGUCUUGGAGGAUAAGUGCGAGAUCAUUCGUAAUGAAGGUGCAUUUGAAAAGCUCUUCAAUACUGUCACGCACGAAGGCGGAUUGGAGGGUGGUGUAAUCUCACAGGACGCACUUCGAUGUGUCGACAGUCUACUUCGGUAUAAUAGCUCGAAUCAGAGUUACUUCCGCGAAACGUCCCUUCCAGCGUUGUUAUGCUCCCUCUUGCUCUUACCGUCCAACCUUUCCCUGCAAGAUUCAGCUCCACAAGACUUUGCACUGCAAUUUUGGGACUCACAAAAAGUGGUAAAUGUGUCACUGGUGCUUGUCGGGUCUAAAGGCAGCUUUCCUCAGAGCCAAGAACUAUCUGUCUUCGUGCGAGGCUUUGUCGAACUAGCCCUCGCAUCUAAUGCACCAACAUCCCUUAAGUCUCAGGCUCUCCAUCUCCUUCCUAGCACGUUGACUCUCCCGCUCUCGGAGGUGAUUUUGACCCCCUAUAUGCCUCCGGCGUCCGCGCUAGAUGCACUUGUAGAGCUCGCACUCCACGGAGAGUACAAUGGGCUAUACAGUGAUAGUCGUACCAAGGAGGGACUUGAGUUAAGGAGCGCAGCUGUAAUUGCUUUUGAUAACUUUGUGCGGAAAGAGGAUGUCAGACAUGCCAUCGUGCAAGGGAUGCUUCCUCCCCAACAACCAAGUGAGGUUCCGAUGAUAUCGCCCCUUCUGCACUCUCUCUGCCUCUCCCCGUCAUCCCCUCUCAACAUCGCUAAUGUAACCUCUACUCAUCUCGCCACAAUCCUCUUUGCUCAUCUGCUAUCUGGCUCCCCAAGAGCAAAAACUGCCGCCCGGUCUAUCAAGCCUUCUUCCAACAUUCCUGGAGAGACUUUGGGUCAAGGACCACUUUUUGUCCCUGCGGAUAGUACUCCAGCGCCAACGCCGCCGGAAGAGGACGAGGAAGAUGCCCCGCAGAGUUUGUUGCACCUCUUUGCCGAGAACCUCUCAUUGUGCUUCCUAUCUCGCUCAAGGGCUGAGGACGACCGUGAGGAACGCGAGUGGAAUAGAUUGAUUGUUGGGUACAUCUGUCUGCUUGCACAGUGGCUCUGGGAUGACCCUAAAGCCGUAAGGGAAUUCUUAGAAGCCGGCGGGCUGGGCACAGUGAACCUCAUCCCUGGACUUUGCGCCUUUCUACUGGGCAUCUGUUAUGAAUUCAAUCGGGAACCGGGGAGAUCACUCGGCAUCGCUACUAUCCAUCCCAUCAUCUCUCGUUUGGGCGUAGAUGUGCUUCUCGGUCACAUGACUCGCGUACAAGAGCACGACUGGUUCAAGUCUAUCGCCCUGAAUCCAUGGCGAAAUCUGGCUCACUGGUCUUUUGUUGACUUCUGGAAAUCAAAUCAACGUGCGCUACCAGAUUCUCUAUUGUAUGUCAGUAGCAAGACAAGGACUAUCACCAACCACAUUGACUUACUUGCGGUAACAGGUCCAAGUGCAGAGUCCGCGAUGCUCAUCAAUUCUCUCAAAGACGUCAUUCGCUCUCAGGUGCAGGAGAUAGACGCAUUGCAACUUCGUCUCAAGGAGCUAUCGGCUACUGAAGCUCGAUUGGCUGACUCAGAGGCGCGUAUUGCGGAGCUUGAGGCUGAGUUGCAGACAUCAGAUAGCAAGAAGAGGGAGGUCGAGAAGGAGCAGGGAUCUUCUGGUCCUCCUCGAUGACCUGAGCACUAAGCGCAGACGAGACAAGCAGCGGAUGAAGAAUCAGGCAUGGAAGUUUCCGAGGACGAGGCAGAUGUGACAAUGACGAAGAAGAUGAAGAUGAGGGAGGUGAGGAGUAAAGUCCAGUACCGAUCGAGUUUUAUUUCUGCUAUGGCCCUACCGCAUCUCAACAUCUCGGACUACCUCGAGUACAUAGACUUGGGCGAGAUACCUGUGUUCUCCCCGAGGUUGGUAGCAUGACUUGAAAACCAAUC